AUGAACGGGGAUGGAGCCCCUCCCCUAAUGGAUGGAGCCCCUCCCCUCAACGGGUUGCCGGAACAUGAAGUUCUAUAUCCCACCGACAUUACGGUAGACCCAUCCAUCAGGGCGUUCAUCUCGAGGUUUUACCAUGUCUCAGACGACCCGGACCGGAACGGGGAAUGGGCCGACUUCUUUACCGAGGACGCACUUGUCAAAAUAGGGAGCAAUGUGGCCGAGGGUACCGAGGAAAUCCAUCGACUUAGAGAGAACAUGUGGGUCAACGUCGCGACGCGCAAGCACCGGGUAGCCAAGGUAUUCCCAGCGCACUUUCCCGCCACUCCAACGGCCCCGGCGUCGAUUGACGACCCCGAAUUCAUGCUGUUCGGCACCGUCGCAUACACCCCGAGGAACAGUUCGGCGUACAUCGUGGUGGACUGGGCCGGACAUGCGCGGCUGACGCGGGAUGGGGCGGAUGCACCGUGGCGGAUGUUGGCGUAUACAGUGUAUUUUUAG